ACCACGCUCGCUGGUCCACCUGCAGCCAGCCUCGCGGAUGCCUAUUGAGCGUCCGCGCGAGCGCACCAAACCGGAGAGUAGGAAGCGCGUGCGUGUACGUGUGUGUGUGUGCGUGCGUGUGUGCGUGCGUGUGUGUGUGUGUGUGCGUGCGCGCGCGCUGCUCCUCAUCCACCUGCGCGUCGCGGAACAGCCGUUUAGACCUCGAGGAGCGCUGGAGCUGGCCGGAGCUAGUUGGAACAAAUUCGCUCAUCCACGUACGCGGCCGUUCGUGCGAGCGUGCGCGCGCGCGCGCGCGCGUCCAAGUUCCGCAAGGGGCGCGAGAGCGCGCGCAAAGCCAGCAGGUCACAAUUGGCCAAUUGGACGCAGGUGCAGCGAGCCGCUUGGUGGAGCCGAGUGGGGAUUUUGUUUUCCUUUUCUGCCCCCUCCCCGAUUCGAAGCGCGUUUUGGACGCGGGCAAAAAGGUGAAAGGAAAAUGCAUCCGUGCGCCGCGACGGCGAGCGCCACAGGAGGCUUUUGGUCCUGAUGCGCCAUUCCUAAGUGCUCUUUUUGCCUUCCCUUUUUCCACACUCGAAAGGGAAAAAGUGGAUCGGCUGACUUUACAAGCAUGCGGCGCACUUGGCGGUUUGGGACUACUUUGGAAUACUGGACGCGGAUGCUGGCGUGCCUCGUAUGGAUUCCACACUCGUGCGGGAUGCCUCACGUCAUCCGAAUAGGCGGCAUUUUCGAGCAGACCGACGGCGCCGUGCCCCUGGUGGGCGCCGAGGAGCUGGCCUUCAAAUUCGCCGUCAACAACAUCAACCGGAACCGGACCUUGCUGCCCAACACCACGCUGACCUACGACAUUCAGAGGAUUAACAUCUACGACAGCUUCGAGGCCUCCAGGAAAGCCUGCGACCAGCUGUCCCUGGGCGUGGUGGCCAUCUUCGGGCCGUCGCACAGCUCGUCGUCCAACGCCGUGCAGUCCAUCUGCAACGCGCUGGAGGUGCCGCACGUGCAGGUGCGCUGGAAGCAUCACCCCGCCGACAACAGGGACACCUUCUACGCCAACCUCUACCCGGACUACUCGUCGCUGAGCUACGCCAUCCUGGACCUGGUGCAGUUCCUCAAAUGGAAGACCGCCACCGUGGUCUACGACGACAGCACAGGGCUCAUCCGACUCCAGGAGCUGAUCAUGGCGCCGUCCAGGUACAACAUCCGGCUGAAGAUCCGCCAGCUGCCCGUGGACACGCAGGACGCUCGGCCCCUCCUCAAGGAGAUGAAGAGGAGCCGCGAGUUCCGCAUCAUCUUUGACUGCAGCCAUCACACGGCCGCGCAGAUCCUCAAGCAGGCCCAGACCAUGGGGAUGAUGACCGAGUACUACCACUACAUCUUCACCACUCUGGAUCUGAUGGCCAUUGAUUUGGAGCCCUACCGCUUUUGUGGCGUCAACAUGACCGGCUUCCGCAUCCUCAACGUGGACAACCCGCUGGUCUCCUCCAUUGUGGAAAAGUGGUCCACAGAAAGGCAGAAACCCCCCAAACCUGACUCGGGCCUCCUGGAGGGCAUCAUGACGACGGACGCGGCCCUGACCUACGACGCCGUCCACAUCGUGUCCGUCUCCUACCAGCACGCGCCGCAGAUGACCGUCAACUCGCUGCAGUGCCACCGCCACAAGCCCUGGCGUUUCGGCGCUCGCUUCAUGAGUUUCAUCAAAGAGUCCCAAUGGGACGGACUGACCGGGAGACUCUCGUUCAACAAGACGACUGGAUUGCGUACGGACUUUGACCUGGACGUCGUAAGCCUGAAGGAGGAGGGACUUGAAAAGGUCGGCAAGUGGAGUCCGUCGGCGGGUCUCAACAUCACGGAAGCGCCCAAGCGCAAAGGGGUCAACAUCACGGAUUCGCUGGCCAACCGCUCGCUUGUCAUCACCACCAUCCUUGAGGAGCCGUACGUCAUGCUGAAGAAGUCCGACAAGGCGCUGGUGGGGAACGAGCGCUUCGAAGGCUUCUGCGUGGACUUGCUCAAGGAGCUGGCCGGCGUGCUGGGCUUCGCCUACGAGAUCCGCCUGGUCCCCGACGGCAAGUACGGCUCCCAGGACGACAAGGGCCAGUGGAACGGCAUGAUCCGGGAACUCAUCGAGCACAGGGCCGACCUGGCGGUGGCUCCGCUCACCAUCACCUACAUGCGCGACAAGGCGGUGGACUUCACCAAGCCCUUCAUGAACAUGGGCAUCAGCAUCCUGUACCGCAAGCCCAACGUCACCAACAACGGCUUCUUCUCCUUCCUCAGCCCCAUGACGCCCGACAUUUGGCUCUACAUCCUGCUGGCCUACCUGGGCGUCAGCUGCGUCCUUUUUGUCAUUGCCAGGUUCAGCCCGUACGAAUGGUACGACGCCCACCCCUGCAACCCGGGGUCAGACGUGGUGGAGAACAACUUCACCUUGCUCAACAGCUUCUGGUUUGGAGUGGGCUCCUUGAUGCAACAAGACAGGGGUGGUGUUUUUGGAGAUGAAAAGGCUCGAGCGGCGUCUGGCUUGCGCGCAGGCUCCGAGCUGAUGCCCAAGGCCCUGUCGACCAGGAUCAUCGGCGCCAUCUGGUGGUUUUUCACGCUCAUCAUCAUAUCGUCCUACACGGCCAACCUGGCGGCGAUCCUCACCGUGGAGAGGAUGGACUCGCCGAUGGACUCGGCCGAUGACAUGGCCAAGCAGACCAAGAUCGAGUACGGCGUGGUCCGCGACGGCGCCACCAUGACUUUCUUCAAGAAAUCCAAAGUUUCCACUUUUGAGAAGAUGUGGGCCUUCAUGAGCAGCAAGCCCAGCACGUCGCUGGUCAAGUCCAUCGAGGACGGCGUCCAGCGGGUGCUGAAGUCCGACUACGCCCUCAUUAUGGAGUCCGCCACCAUCGACUACGUCACCAGGCGCAACUGCAACCUGACGCAGGUGGGGGGCCUCAUCGACAGCAAAGGCUACGGGAUCGGCACGCCCCUCGGCUCGCCGUACAGGGACAAGAUCUCCGUGGCCAUCCUCAACAUCAUGGAGGACGGUCGCCUCCACAUGCUGAAGGAGAAGUGGUGGAGCGCCGACGGCUGCUCGGACGACGAGCGGCGAGAGGCGGGCCCCGUGGGAAUCCAGAAACUGGGCGGCGUAUUCGUGGUGCUGGCGUCCGGCCUGGUGCUGUCGGUCUUGGUGGCCGUGGCCGAGUUUGUCUACAAGCUGAGGAAGACGGCGGGACGCGAGCAGGUCUUUGUGCGGCGCCAUGGCGGACGAGAUCAGACUGUCGUUCACCUGCGAGAGGCGGGCCAAACACAAGGCGCAGCCCCCGGCCGCGGCCAAGACGGAUGCGGUGAUCCACGUGCGCGCCUACAACGACCGGCGUCUCCCCGGCAAGGACGACCUGAGCCGCAGCGCUGGGAUGAGCCCCGUCUUCCCCUGAGCCUGCGCUCCCCGCAGGGCCAGGGCCUCCUGAGCGACGCGCCCGACAACCAAGACGACGGCGCGGACGGGAUCCUGCGCUACGCCGUCAACCACAGCGACACGGGGACGCUGACAAAACUCGCGCAGCUCAAAAUGCCGGCCUCGGCCACGCAGGUAUGACGACUCGGAAUCCCACCUCCACAACAUUGAACAUCGCAGACGCCAUCCCCAAGAAAGCAUCUUUUCGUUCCGCUCCCCGGAGAAGUCGCCGGGCCGGCGCGGGCCACGCAAAAACACUGUCGACCAAUCAGCGAAAAAAGACUGGACUCAACACAAACAAACAAAGAAGGCAAUAAUAGCAGACGCACUAUCGCGAACGUUACCUCGGACAGACUGCGUUGCGCGGUCCGAAACGCAGCGAGGUUGCGCCAUUUCACCACCGCGUUGCAUUCCACGUGAGGUAAAGCCGCCUUUGUCGCGGUGUCGUUAUGGGACUACCGCGUAGGAGGCAGGACUUUGGACUGUUCAUCUGUUUCCCCGCCAAAACAAAAGAAAUACAGUAUACGUAUAUUGCCAAAGAUGUGAGCUGUCGACAGAGGACCGGUGCGCAAUCUUGGUCUCGGGAUUCUGCAGCUCAUGACGGCCAGAAAGCCGGCGCCUGAAAAGCUUGCAUUUACGUUGCAGGUCCACGUGACCAAUUUCCAUUUCACGCCCGUAUCGGAUUCUCCGUUUCAAUCCAGCCAUCCUUGAUCCGAUGCGCUUUUUCUUACGAUUGUCGCCUUGGGGCAGUCGGCGGCGCCGACCCUCAACUGGUCGCGGGGAAGGCCGAGAGGCGCGCUCGCUGUCGCGCCUCCGGUCGACCGCCGUAGCGGCCAGAUUCUUCAUUUCAUUUCAUGGAGGUUUUUUGGUGGGUUGGUUUUCAUUUCAAUAGGGAAAGCUAAGUUGAGCUCCAAGUGUUUGGAGGCACCAUCCCUUACUCGACACUUUUCAUCCGAUGGACCGUUUUGUGUUUUUUUUUCAUUUGUACGUUUUGCCAGUCUCGUUUGCGAUGCAAAUGCAGGUUUGUAAACAAUCGAUGGAUGUACUUUGACGACCUCGAGCUGCCAUCGGCAAGGCGAAUCUCAUCUCGGCGUCGACACGCCACGCGCACCGGCAAGGAGGAAAAUGGGAAGAAAAAAUAAAUCGCAAAUUGUGCAAAUUUCAUUUUGGAGCUCAGCUUUGGAUCGGAUGAAAAUCUGUCCGUUCGUGACGGAAAGGGGAAGCCGAGAACAAAGCCCGACUUUGGUCUCAUUUAUCAAACGGCGGACUAUCGCGACUGACGGGCACGAUAGUCAGUUCAUCGGUCACGCAGGAUCGGCAAAUCACGACCAGCUGAGGGGCUGCCCAUUGGUUAUCGCGUAGUUCGGAGGGAAAUCAGGCCAUCAAGCAAUCAAAUGACAAACGUUACGGACGGAGAUCAUCUCCAGGGUGCUCAGGCGGCACCCCGUCCGGCGUUUGCCGCGCGUCAUCUCAUCCGACGUCCAAGCGGACCUCCGCUGGGCCCGUGUGGCUCCAACACGCGGGCGAACCUCGGUGAGGUUCCACAUCGACCUUAGAGUGCAAAUCUGUCUUAAGAGUGUGCGUGUGGGUGAGUAUGUAUAAGUUUAGCGGCGGUCCAGUUAGAGAGCCCUCGUCUCAUUGUUUGUCCGAGUCCUCCUGCAAAGUAGAGCGUGUAGAUAAGGACCCGUGUAUUUUGCUACAAGUCGUAAUCGUGAUCAAGGCAGCGUCGUGGACGCCGCAGUAUUCAUUUCAAUAGAGAGCUCACUUCAAGCCCACUUUGGCCCCAAAUAGGAUUUCACUCGGCUGAUGGCAUCCUUCUUCCUCUUCUUGCACGGUACUUGCUCGGGCCCGACCGGCCCAUGGGCGUUUUUGGGGGGCCGAUAACCGGCCGUCUGAGUCGCCCAAUAAUAUAAAAUCGUGGAUUUGGGGGUCCAUUCAGAGCUUACAUUUGACUUUUGGACAAAACCUUGUCUUGGAGUAUUUGUGACGACCGAAAGAAAAAGGGGCAAGAAUCGACUUCAUUAUUAUUUUAUUUAUUUUAUUUUUUGUUGCGGGGUGGGAACACCGUGAUCUUCUGUGUCGGCCGAAUUUUAAUGAGCGGAUCGGCGAACGUCGUCGUAUUUGAUACUUUUCUACCAGGUCAAAUGUGAGCUAAAGCCUGCGCC